AGAAAAAGGUUUUAGUAGGAGGAGUAGAACAUGCCCUCUUUGUUCUUUACCUGAUCCGAGGGUUUUCUUGGGAAUCCGCGGAUCAAUUCACGGUGGAGAAGGAUGAGCAUUUGUUCCACUCGCUUUUGUGGGUCCUAGACAGCUCGGAUAGCUGCAUGGCCAUGAAAAGCCACGCGCUAUGCGUGCUGAAAUCUGUGGUACACAAUGAAAUCGAGCGCUCUAAAGAGGCUAGUAAUGCCCAAGAUUUUGACGAAAUUCGUGGAUUUCGCGAGAGAGAACGAUAAAGUCACGCAACAAGGACUAGAAGCCGCUUUACACAUCAUGCUAGCCACCUGCCACGGUCACGGAAACUUGGCCCAAUUGGUCAAGUCCGGGGCGGUUCACGAGCUCAUCGAGCUCGGUCUGAGUCAACUCCCGUCGGACAACAAAAAUGCAACUGAGCUAGUCCUGGGGAUUCUGCGCCAGCUGUGUUCUCGUGCCGACGGGGGGGCUGAACUGUUGAGCCACGCCGCAAGAAUCGCGAUGGUGACAGAGAAGAUCAUCACGGCGGUUUCCCCGGCGGCCGACGAUAUGGCCUUAGAGAUUCUCACGGAGGUUUUUAGGUUUUUGGCCAGGGGUGGGGUGGUCCGGGAGAUGGUUAGAGUUGGGACGGUGGGGAAGCUGCGCCAGCUGAUUCAAUCUCGUUGUUCUUUGGCUUUGAAGGAGAAGGCAAAAGACAUCCUAAGAACACAUUUUUGUGUUUGGAAGAAUUCACAUUGUGUUGGUGUUCCAACCUUGAUCUAGUGCACUAGCUAAAUACUCCCUCCGUCCCAAAAAGAUUUACACCUUUCAAAAAAAUUGCGUCCCACAAUCUCCUACCCAUUUCUAUUAAAAAACCACUUUUACCCCUUACUUUUUCAAACCCUACCUAUCACAUCAUACCUUUUUCCUAAUAAUCUACACAUCACAUU